AUGGCAGACGUACGGUCGAUGCUCAAGGCGAGUCGCGAAGCGCGAAAAAUCAAUCACCCUCAUGCAGCAUACACGAAAGAUGGCAAGCUGCUAUGCAAUUUGUGCGAGACGUUGAUCAAGACACAGAACGCUUGGAACAGCCAUCUACAUUCGACACAACAUACUCUGCGCUUGAGUAGGGCUCAGGAAGCAGCGGCGGCAAGAGACGCAAAUGGAGCAAGCAAGAAGCGAAAGGCAUCAACUAUAGACAGUACAUCGCCUGAGGACAGGAAAAAGCAGAAGCCUACCAGCUUGAAGCCAGGAAUCGGUCAAGAUGAGCAGGAUUUGAAGCAAGAGGUUUCAACAGCCAAGACACAAGCGACACAGCAAGAACCUGAGCAGACUGGCGCGAAAGGGGACGAAGAGGUCAACAUCGCCGAACUUGCCGCGUUGGACAAAGAGCUUGCAGAGUUAGAGGCCUCAACUCGCCAUAAAGAUGCUUCCUACGCCCAGGCCACGAUCUCGGCACCAGCGAUGACUGCAGAAGAAAUCGCGGCUCAAGCGCGUGAAGAGCAGAGCGCGCAGCGGGGCAAACGAGAUGCAGAGUUAGAGGCGGAAAAAGAGGACGCGGCUCGACUGAUGGAGGAUGAGUUCGAGGAAAUGGAGGGCCUGGAGGAACGUGCGAGAAAGUUACGUGAGAAGCGGGAGGCAUUGAGAUCGACGACGGUCGCACGAGAGACGACUGGUGCGAGCGUCGAGAAUGAGACGAAAGCGAUUCAUGACACCGCACAAGAAGAGGACGUUGACGAUGACGACGAUGACGAUGACGAUGAAGAAGAUGAUUUCGACGGAUGGAACUUUGGAUCUGGAUGA